GUGGAUUUGCACCCAGUAAUACCCUGCAGAUGUACAUACUAUGAAGUGAACGACUGAAAGAGCGAAAGGCUAAUUAAUGAGGAGCAGUCACAGCAUUUGAUAAACUUGUGUCUCAUGGUAGCAGCACUAGCAGGAUAUCUUGUUAGGGGGCGCAUUUACAGUCAGGUGGUGGAAUUCUGGCUGUAGAAUGAAAGGAAUCGGAAGGGGACGUGGAUGGAUUCUAAAAGCUGGGGAGAAUCAUGUUGGCAGUGCAGUACCCACUCUGCUUGACCUGGUAGUACGUGUCACACACGUGAUCGAUCCCAGGAACUUCACAGCACAGAUAGGAUCGCGCGCCUCCCUCGAAUAUUUCACCCAGUUCGAGGAUCGUCUUCAAGACUGGUGUGAUGAGAAUCAGACGGCGGGGACAUACGAGUGGGCCUACGAGGGCUGUCUCAUCUGCAUCAGUAGUCAUCGCACUGACCGCUGGCACCGCGCCAGUGUCCUGGCAUUGGAUGGAGAUGAGGUUGACACCUACUUGCUGGACUAUGGCUUCUCUGAAAAAGUUCCACUGGACCACGUGAUCUCGAGUCGGCUGAUGCCUCAUGAGUUCUCAGUCGAGGCGCUGCCAGCACAAGCAUUCAUGUGCAGCCUCGCGAACGUUACACCGCUCACGGAUUCGGAGGAAUAUAGCGCCGAGGCCAUUGGAAGAUUCAGGGAGCUAGUGGAAGGCGUGGUCUUGUGGGGCAAGAUGGAGUCACAGUGUCACGGAGUGAAGAGCAUGGGCUUGUCUCAAACGCAAAAUGGCCUGAAUCAAAUAGCUGCCGUUCUUGCUAAUGCCGGUUUAGUUUCCAUGGGACUAGACAAUGCGCAUCAUUCAUCUAUGCAAGAAUACAGGUUAAUUGACAGUGGCCAAAAUAGCGCUGGAAUGGACAGAAUUGAUGAGGAUGAAAACCAACAAGAUCGAUUCAACGAGGUAACAGUACCCAGCUUCAACAAGGAAUUGCUUCAUGAUGAUAAUAUUGACAGGGAAACCAUCUCCAGUGAGGGUGAAACGGAGCUGAUGAAGAUCCAUCUUCUUGGUGCACACGUUUCUGCAGUCGACCAGCAGGAGUGGAACAAGACUGAUCUACAUCUUGGAAAGCCGACUCUGCAGCGUAACUGUGAUGGAAACAUGAUGGCUGUUAUUCGAAGUCAGCUGGAUAGCUCACUGCCUGUGUACGUUACAGAAGACCAGCCAGAAUGGACCGGACCAACUGGACGCCUUGCAUAUCAUAACGGCAAGGAGAACGUUAAGGGUAGCAAUAAGUCGGCGACCCCUCGCUCGGAGAACAAGAGUGCAGCAUCGCAAGACGGUCGUGGCACUGGCAGACAGCGGACCGUACAGUUUGCAGCCGAACAGACGCGUUUUGAAUACGACGAGCCUACAGGUGCCGACAAACAUGCUGGCAAGGGGUGGGCCAUGAACUGGAAUCUCGACGCAGCUGGCAGAAACAGGAACGAGGUUUACACUGGAGGCAGUAGUACACAGCUUACAGGCAAGGUAGAGAGAUAUUCCAGAGCGGGCAGAGAAGGUCGAGACACAGCCCAUGAGCUAGGCAGAGGAGCGCUUAGCCAGAGCAGGAGUCACACAGAUGUCCAUGACAACUUGCCCACUAGUAACAGGGAAGUUCCAAAGAGGAGUGACGAGCUGGUGCGGACGCGGGACGUGGGAAGCAGCGAUGCGGAGGAUGUUAUCGUAGAGGAUGACGCAGCUGAUUAUAUCGGCAACGCAUCUGAGCAGCAACACAAGCGCGUGUCCUCAAAGGACAGGGGGCAGCACAAGGGCAAGCAGUCUAAUGCCAAUCCUGGUUCCCAUCAUGGCCAAACAUCUAUAAAUGCCAAGAGUCGGAAAAGUCGCUGGAAGGAGGAUGAUUUUCCGAUGCUGAAGACUUUCAAAAGUGCUCUGCUGCCAGAAAAACAACGUGCCACUUCCUCCCAGCCAGCCACUGGAGCUGUGGACUGGAAGGGUGCUAUACUAGCACAGAAGCAGCCACCAGGAGGAGCUAGCGACAGUGUCGUAGCCUCCAAGGUUGAGGAAGGCACACGGAAGGAGAAGAGAAAGACGGGCGCAUCUAAACUGCAAAGGCGAGCGCACGUUCCUUCUGGUGAUAAUACACAGGACGGCUCCUCCAGGGAGGCCAGCUGUGAGCCUGACAAAGGUGACACAGAACAGCGAAUGUUUGUCAUCUCACAGUGUGUCACCAGGGUGCUAAACACGAUCCACGCCGACGAUGCCGACCUGGUGACCUUCGAAAGGCUGCGGAUGAUCUCAGCUAGAGCUGCUGGUGUACCAGUAACUCGGCUGGAGUGGGUAAGAGUUUGCGUGGAAGAAAUCCUAAGAAAAUGCCUGGUGAUGGGGUUUCCAGAAGCGAACCAGGUCUUCAGUCUUCUCCAGAAUUUCCGAGAUGAGGAUGACCUUUCUGAAAUUGUAAUGAAGUUACUAGUCAAGUAUCAGAGCGAAUUAAUAUACACAAAGUCGUCGUCGACUCCAAGGUCUCAGCGGCUCCAGCGGAAUUACUGCGAGUUGAUUGGCCGAGUCUUCCUCACUGCUCAGGAUUGGCCCAACACAGGGGUCCCGAAAACCAUCAUAAGCUUCAUGAUUGAGAAGUGGAUCAACUUUAACAGAUGGGCUCAGAAGAAUCAGAUGGGACAGAUGGGAAAGCGUAUGUUGUAUGCCGACUGCCUGCACUCCGUCCUGUCUCACAUCGGACUCACGAUGGAGCGCUGUUACGCAGCCGAAACUCAAUUCAUGUUUGACACCAUACGGGAGAUUGUCCUAUCUGAGGAAGUGCUGAAGUCUAUCAAGAACAAACUGCUUGACGUGAUGUUGUUGCGAGCGUCUAACUGGGCGGGCGUCGACAGUGGCGUGCAGGCCGCAUGCGUGCCUACCAUGCCGGACAAGCAGCAUCACGCUGGCCCGGCCAACGCACUUAUGGCGUCUCCAGCAGUCGAAGCGUACCAUGGUGGCAUGGAGAAUGGUCAGGCUGUCGCAGGACAGUCGUCUACGAAGGAUGCUUACGCAUCCGUGAGGCGCAUGCUCGAGCAACUGGGCUUGCAGCAUCUCCUGCCUGUGUUUCUAGAGAAUGGCAUACGGGACACUCUGUUAACAGCUGAGCAGAAGUACUUCACUGAUUUACUCAAGGACUGUGGUGUGCCAAUAGGAGCUGUGUUGGAGAUAGUACGCUACCUUGAAAACAGCGGGUCGCUGCGUAGUCGUAGUGAGGAGCGUGAGCGUGCAGGCUGGCUUCCCGUCGGUUGGACGACCCCUGACCCGACCCCGCCAUCCCCCGAGCCCGUGCGAGCGCGGCCGGCGAUACAGCGCGGUACGACAAGCAAGGUGAAGCUUGUGGCGUUCGGAAGAUCGUCCAGCCAGGAGGACGACGCGGCGCAGACGCCUGCUGCCGACGCAGCGGCGACCGGCGACGCCGCGAGGCCCCCGUUCAACUACAGCACCGCUGUGAAGAACAGUAAGGCGGGCGAGAGAGUCAGAGGCGCGCGGGGAUGGUACGCGCCGAGCGACCGCGACAAGUGGGCGUCCGCCGAGAUUGGUGCGGUGAUCUCCCUGGAGAGUAGAGACGCAUCGUCGGCUGCGCGCCCGGCGACGGCUUUCGUCGGUAGGGGCCCCGACGGCGAGAAGUCCGAUCCCACUAGGAGGCGCCGCACGCCCGUGAUGGACCGUCUCUUCGCGCACGUGACGCCCGAAUGCAGCCGCGCCGGUGGCGCCCCCUGCCUGUCGAGUCCGCAGCUGUUUGACGGCAGCGGCGACAGCAGCGAGUAUCUGCAGCCGCCGUCAGCUUUCUUCGAUCCGGCGGCGCAGCGCGACGUCGCAGACAACGCCAACAGCAACCCGCGCAACAGCUUCAGCGAGCUCGUCGACUUCAGAAACGUGCCGCCGCCAUCGCUGCCGGCGCCGACCGUGCGGCGGGACGCCGCGCGGGCCGACGACCACGACACACCAUCGCCCGACGACCUCUACACCGCCGGCGACGACGACGACGAUGUCGAGAGGGUAACACCGGUGCCGCCGCCGCUGGUUGUCGACUCGGAGACGGACUGGUUCAGUCCGACGGCGUCGCCGCGCAGUGGCAGGCGGCUGACGAGCGAUAACGAUGAGGGGAUAGGGAGCAGGCAGCUGUCGCAGCUGUGCCCGACGAACUGGUUCAGUCCGUGCGGCUCGCCCGCGUCCUCCGACACGCCACUGCCGCGCGACGACAACGAUGAUGUAAUACGAUACGAGGAGACGGAUGCAGCAGCAGCAGCAGCGGCCAGCGAGAGUCUAGCGGUGACGAGCGGCAGGGAGCAGCAACGAGAGGAUACCGGUGGCGCUUCACAGUUCCAGGAUCGCGCUGGCUCGCACGAAGGAGGAGAGCGAGCCGGGGACUCGGUCGCCGUGGCGACGCUAUCCCUCAAGAGCAUCGCCACGCAGCUGAAGGAGGGAAAGUUUGCUGCGGCCGAGGAGGAGGAGGAGGGCAUAGCCGAGGAGGAACCCCUCGCGGGGAGAGAAGACGUGGACGGCACCUCCCUCCCGGCGGAGGGGAAUCCCUUGGAGGAGGAGGACACCUGGGAGACCCUGGCUGUGGAGGAGCCGCCUUGUCCCGUUGCCGCGGCGACCGAAAGCGUUCCGAUCGAUUACGUGGAAGGCGAUGUUUUCGAUUCCGACUCCGACUCGGAGGUUGAGGCGCCGCGCGCGCCCUGGCAGCCGUCGUCGCGUGGCAAGCCGACCAAUGAGGAGCUGAAAGAGAUGUUCAGCGCAGAGCAGCGAGUCUGUACGUCAUGCGGCAGCAAGAAACACAUCGUGUAUCAGUGCACGGAGCGACACCUCAUGUAUAAGUAG